GCUACUACAUUUCUCUUACAAACGCCGCUGCUGGUUAGAUUGACUAGGGGCCGACCUUAUUCACCCAUAAAGACCAGUAAAUUGACCUGAUAUCUCUGGGAAAUAAAUGAAACCACUGAAGCUGAGACAAGACGGGGGCAGCAUGAAGUAGCAGAGGGAGUAGCCAAAUCUGGAGGAGGACUGAACUCUGCAGCAGCACCUUCAAUUCUCCACAUGCCCCAUCACAGGACCACGGCCAUGGGGGAGACGGACGAGGACAGUGUGAUCAAGCUGUUUGAGAACUUUGUGCAGGCGUCCACAUGUAAGGGCGCGCUGCAGGCCUUCAAUGUGAUGUGCCGAAAACUGGAACUAGACCCAUCAGACAGCAGCACGUUCUACGCUGAGCUGAAGGCCAAAGUCACCUGCUGGAAAGCCAAAGCGCUAUGGGCCAAACUGGACAAGAGAAUGUCCCAUAAGGAGUAUAGGAAAGGACAAGCUGCUGUAGGCACAAGGUGCCUGAUCAUUGGAGGAGGGCCCUGUGGCUUACGGACGGCCAUUGAGCUUGCACUGAUGGGAGCCAAAGUGGUGGUAAUAGAAAAAAGAGACUCUUUCUCCAGACAUAAUGUGCUGCACCUUUGGCCUUUCACCAUUCAUGACCUACGAGGACUCGGGGCUAAGAAGUUUUAUGGAAAAUUUUGUGCUGGAGCUAUAGACCAUAUAAGUAUCCAGCAGCUGCAACUCAUCCUGCUGAAGGUGGCCCUGCUUGUCGCUGUAGAGUUUCAUAUCAACACAGAGUUUGUCAAACUGCUGGAACCUCCCGAGGAUGAGGAAAAUAAGGAGAUUGGCUGGCGUGCAGCAAUCCGUCCUGCUGAUCAUCCUGUGGCCAACUUUGACUUUGAUGUGAUAGUGGGAGCCGAUGGACGUCGCAAUACUCUUGAUGGUUUCAAAAGAAAGGAGUUUAGAGGGAAGCUGGCCAUUGCCAUCACUGCAAACUUCAUCAACAGAAACACAACAGCUGAGGCCAAGGUGGAGGAGAUCAGUGGAGUGGCUUUUAUUUUUAACCAGAAGUUUUUCAUGGAUCUCAAAGAAGAAACAGGUGUAGAUUUGGAGAACAUUGUGUACUACAAAGACAACACACAUUAUUUUGUCAUGACUGCCAAGAAACAGAGUCUGUUGGACAAAGGAGUUCUCAUAAAUGAUUACAUAGACACACAGAUGUUGCUUAGCAGUGAAAACGUCAACCAGGAAGCUCUUCUCUGCUACGCCCGGGAGGCAGCUGACUUUGGCACCAACUAUCAACUUCCUACGCUGGAUUUCGCCUUGAACCACUGCGGCCAGCCAGAUGUAGCAAUGUUUGACUUUACGAGCAUGUACGCCUCUGAGAACGCUGCUCUGGUCCGGGAGAGGUUUGGACACCAGCUGCUCGUGGCACUGGUUGGUGAUAGUCUCCUUGAGCCCUUCUGGCCCAUGGGAACAGGUUGUGCUCGAGGUUUUCUGGCUGCAUUUGAUCUUGUCUGGAUGGUCAAGAGCUGGGCUGAGGGCCGGCCUGUCCUGGAGGUGCUGGCAGAGAGAGAAAGUCUUUACAGAUUACUUCAUCAGACGACACCUGAAAACAUUGCUAAAAUCUUUGAUCAGUACACCAUUGACCCUGGAACCCGUUACCCCAACCUGAAUGUGUCCUCCGUCAGACCUCACCAGGUGCGUCAGUUGUACAUUAGUGGAGAAAUGAAGAACUGCUCUCUGGAGCGGGCUGCUACCAUUCGUCGACCAGUCAAUCUCUGCAGACGAGAGUCUGAGAUUCGACCAGCGAGACUCCUCACCUGGUGCCAGAGGCAGACAGAGGGCUACAGAGGAGUGGAAAUCACUGACUUGAGCUCAUCUUGGCUCAGUGGCAUGGCCUUUUGUGCCCUCAUUCACCGUUUCAAACCUCAGCUCAUAGAUUUUAGUACCUUAAAUGAGGAAGACCCAGCAACAAAUCUUCAGCUUGCUUUUGACAUAAGCGAACAUGAAUUUGGGAUACGGCCAUUUACAACUGGGAAGGAGUUAUGUGCAAAUCAAGAGCUGGAUAAGACCAAGAUGAUCACCUACCUGUCCAAAUUUUAUGAGCUUUUCCGUGGCACACCUUUACCCACAUCAGGUCCUAAAGGAGUGGAUGAAAAUGGUGAAGAUUAUCCAUCUAAAGAAGUCAGGAGUAAUAAUAAUGUGCUCAAUCUUGGAUUGACAAGAAAGAGGAUUCCAAAGGAUGAAAAGAAAACUGACAGUGCAGACAAUAUUUACAAAAGGAGACGGAAAUUUGGUUAUUUAGAAGAGGCCACCAAUCUUUCCAGUAAUAGAUCUGCCAUACUGGAUGAUACUGAGCCCAAAGAGAACAAAGUGCGCUCGAUGGCUUCACAGCUACUGGCCAAAUUUGAAAAUAAGCCCAACUCCACCAUUCGAAGACAGUUUCUGCCAAACUGUAUUGACUUGACAGAGAUUCUGAACAUCAGGCUCAGACCUGUCCCCGCCCCGAAACCUCCUCCUCCAGUUAUAGAGUCAGCUAUUACAUCACCACAUAUGUUCCUGAGACCGACUGGCUCUGUGGACAGGCCCCUCCAGCCUGCAUCGGAGCAGCUGUUUUGUGUAGUGAAGCUUAGACAUGUCGAUCACACACAUGCCCAGACCAUGCCCCCUGCUCGGCCUGAGAGCCCGCCUGUUUCCUCCUGCCCCUCCACUGUCCAGGUCAUGUCCAGACUCCUGCAGCGCCUCAGAGAAGUGGACGAACACAUCUCUGAGAUUAAGGCACAGACACAACAAACAAGAGAGUUUCAUACAAAGUCAAUUAAAGAAAAGGCAGUUCACCUCACUGGGCUGUUUUCAAGUGAAAGUCCAGCUGCCCCAAAGGGUGGCAUUCGAAGGACAAUCCCCCAGACUGCAGACAGGUGUCGCUCUUGUGACAGACGUGUUUAUCUGGUGGAGAGAGUGAGUGCUGAAGGACUGUUCUUUCACAGAGAGUGUUUCCGAUGCUCCUCCUGUAACUCCACUCUGAGGCUGGGGGCACACACCUUUGACACUGAGCAAGGAAAACUUUACUGUCAGCUUCAUUUUGAUCAGCGAAACAAUGGGACACAUCUGAGGAGGACAUUCUCCCAGAGAUCGAUUCACAAUGGGGGUGAAGUUGUGGAGAACUGUGUAUUCCAGGAGCAGACCAGGACUGCAGUGGUCCCACAGAGUCCUUCUUCAGGUACUUGGUGCUCGUGGGCCCAAAAACAGUUGCUGCGGCCUUUGAGUGUGACGCGUGCUGUGUGCAACGCCCCUCAGUACUUAUCAAACUGUGUGCGCAGUACUACGCAUGCCCUGGCCACUCACCUCACAGAAUACGCCCAGGAAUACACCUUCCUCUUUGAGCUUAUGACUGUCAGCGUGCCAUUGCUGCUAGUUUUACCAGAGGUACUUCACCAAAUGCACACAGAAGCAGUACCUGAAGGACCCAACACAGUACAGACAGUUGUGCAAUGGCUACAGCAGCAGUUUUGACUCAUGUAGCUUUACUAUUAAAAUUUCAGUGUCGAUUCACUGGGGACCAUUUAGCAUCUUUUAAAUGUUUACUUGCCUUUUAAACUUACCACAGACACUGUAUGUUUUACAUGCACAAGAUGAUAGGUCAUACAUUCUGUUUUUAUUUCUAUAUAAAUACAGUUUUAACUAUAAGUCCUACCUAUGCAAUGCAGGCCAUGUCUUUUGGAUUUAAUUGAUAAUACUGAAAAAUGUAAUUGUCUUGCUGUAAAACAUGCCCUGCAGUUAAAUGCUUUAUACUGACUCAGGUUAACGUGACACUGUGGUGCACUUUAUCUUCAGGAACUGCUUUAUUGUAUAAGUAAGUGCAACCAUUGAUUUGGAUGUAGUGGUGUGGCAUGCAUUUGGUUGUGUUUCUUUUGAUGUUAAUAAUGAAACAGUCUUGUGUUUUAAGUUGUUUGGAAACCAAAGACUGAGGAUUUGUUGCGGAUACGGAAUUAGUUUUACUCUUCUGCCAUCUACUGUUCAUUAUCAGUAACACAAUAACAAAUCCCAUUUCCUUUAUACACAACUAUGCACACAUGCUCAGUACCACUAGUUAUCCACAGGAUACAGACAAAAGAGAUGGCGUUACAUUCUCUGGCAUUCUUGAAUGUUGUGCCUUUCUUGCCAACCAAAGGCCUCUGACAAUCAGAUUUUCUUCUGACCAGUGACUUUAAAGUAAAUGUCUUACAUGCACUUUAAAUUUGUAUUUUAUUGUUUGAAUGUGUAAAAUAUUACUCAUUUGACUUGGUAAUGUCAAAUAUCAAAGAAUUAUUUGCAGACUAUGCAAAAGAAAGUUUUUUUCCUCCUCAUUUGUUGUUUUUUUUUGUGUGUGUGUUUACUUAUUUCUUUUCAUAUUUCUCACUUUUAUGACGAGCGUGCAGAUGAUCCUGAUGAAGACUGACAGGUAUUCAAGGUGAUUAUUGUCAUAUAGUCACAUGCUUGAUCACUAAGAAACAAUGGUCUCGUUCUUUAUGCAUCUGUAUGGCUAAUUUUGUACUAAUUGUAAAAUAUGUUUUGAGUGUUGUGUGUAACACUUGCAGUGUCCAUUGGCUUUUCUUUCCCAGUUUUUUCAAUAACUGAAAAAAAAAUAAAAUAAAAUGUGACCUCCAAUUUUGUCUGUAUACUAAAAUACAUGCUCACACUUAAGAUCAAAGCUGAAAUAAUAUAAAGUCUAUUUCUCCUGUUUUGCAAGCAAUGCUGAGGAUCAGUUGCUCCUUUGACUAUGAAGAUGUGAAAAUACAUUCUGAGCUGUGAAACGCUUUCUUCACAAAACAUCAAGUGUCGUUCUUGUUUAUUGUGCCUUUGUCCCUCAUCAGUGGACUUUCUGACUCCUCAAGUCUUCCUGAAGCAGAAGAUAGUGUUCUGGCUUUGCUCCUCAGGAAUGCACUCACAGGUCACAAUGAUUACACCACUCUCCAGCUCAUACUGAAUCCCUGCAAAGAGUAAUGCAGCACCUGUUGUGAACGUUUUAGAAAAUAGUCUAACAUCACAAAAACUAGUAACUGCUCCCAAAAUACAAUAUCAAAUAUAUGUGAGGAGCUAUAAACAAAAGUCAUGAAAAGUAAUGGUAAAAAGUAGAAGUAACUUGUGUCUGUAGAUGUUUAAAAAUGUCAUCCACAGUUUUGUUGAUACUUUUUCUUCUUACACAUUAGAGCGGCUACUUCUUAACUGCAUUAAAAAGUAGAAAGUGGUUUGACAACAUCAUUGCGUUGGAGUUGCAAGGUGAUUGGUCAAGUAAAACUGGGAAAGAGCAGAUCAUUCGGAGCAUUCAUCCUUGUCAUGAUCUGGUCCUGGUUUCUAGUCGAGGUUUAGUUCAUGGUUUAGUCCUGGUCCCUCAGUCUCUUCUCUUGGACCUGGUUUGAUAAGAUUAGCCUAUUCGUCACAUAUGACUGAAUAGUUGUUCAAAAUGUGCAUGAAAGACUUUUUUACUCUUAAGGUUUUUAUUUUUUUUAAAUACAUUGCUCAAGUUUUCUUUUUUUUUUAUGUGAUACUUUUACUUUAGUAGCCAGUACUUUUUGUUCCUUUGUAUCAUACUGCCUGUACUUCCACCACUAUUAAAAUCUCAAUGUAAGCUCAUAAUUGUUUAAAUUAAUAAAAGUGCAUAAUGUGCAAACAUGAA